AUGUCGCUCAAGCUGAUCACUUCUCUAGUUUCUUCAUUACUCAGACGGACACCUCAUGAACGUUCAGAAAAAGAACCACCCGACCUGAGUACGGACAAUUCCACGCUUCACACUUCCCCUUCGCAACCCUCGUCUAUACCUUCGAUAUCUUUCAGUUCCACCGUCACUAUCCAAGGCAUGUUCUCCAAGAAAACCGACGAUCGUCAGGACACUCUAUCUCUAUCCACUGCUGCCAAUGGACCCGAAUCUCUUCACCAUUGGCACAAUCAACCUUCAGCCUUUGAUGCCAAAUCUUCUUCCACCGUUCACGAUUAUGAACUGCUGGAAACUUUGGGCACUGGCACGUUUGGUCGAGUGUAUCUGGCCCGAGAAAAAAAGGAUAAAUCGUAUUAUGCUAUCAAGAUUUUGAAGAAAGCCGACAUUGUGAAAUUGAAACAGGUCGAACACAUCAAUUCCGAGCGUCAAGUAUUAUCACAACUGAAUUUCCCGUUCAUUGUCAAGCUGUAUUGCACUUUUCAGAACGAACAGAAUCUGUAUAUGGUACAGGAAUAUGUACUCGGUGGAGAGCUUUUCCGGCACUUGAGAAAUGCAGGCCGGUUUACCAGUGAGAUGACUCGAUUCUAUACGGCCGAAAUUGUGCUGGCCCUGGACUAUUUGCACUCCAAGAACAUGGUUUAUCGCGAUUUGAAACCGGAGAAUCUAUUACUAGACCGGACAGGGCAUAUCAAGAUCACCGAUUUUGGCUUUGCAAAACGGUUGCAGGAUCGAACCUGGACCCUCUGCGGCACCCCCGAGUACUUGGCCCCGGAAAUUAUUCAGAGUAAAGGGCACGGAAAGGCCGUUGAUUGGUGGUCCUUGGGAAUCCUGAUUUUUGAGAUGUUGGCCGGAUACCCACCGUUUUACGACGACAAUCAUUUUGGGAUCUACGAACGGAUCCUGAGCGGCAAAGUCCAGUAUCCCAAUUACAUGGACAGCACCGCCAAAGACCUGAUCAAGAAACUGCUUGUCAUCGAUCGCACACGACGUUUGGGUAACCUGAAAUGUGGAGCAGAAGACGUCAAACGUCACAAAUGGCUACGUAACACGGAUUGGCUAGGAUUACUGAAUAAGACAGUGCGGGCACCCUUGAUUCCGGCGCAUUCCAGUGAUUAUGAUACAAGCAACUUUGAAAAAUAUCCGGAAGAACCGCCUGCAGAAGCAUCACAUGGCGAUCCUUAUCGCUCACUCUUUGCUGACUUUUAA